AUGUUAUCAAGGUUGCUAGAGGUUGCCUGUUGUACUGGAUGUGAAAAGAAGCAUUGGAAAGCGAACAAAAGCUACACGGCGAAAAAGAUGCCGGCGAAUGAAGCUGCUGUGAUACCAACAUCAUUUAUAGGACGUAUCAGUGUUCAUACCAGUCUUAUCUCAACCAGAGAUUACAAAACUACAGUGCAACUAUUGGAUGAUAACGAAACGAUUUGUCAAGAAUUUAAAAAGACAUCGAACGCCCAGUUUAUAUUAGACUAUGUAUGCGAAUGUUUGAAUAUUAUCGAAAAGGAUUACUUUGGGCUGCGAUAUCAAGACUUUAAUAGACACAGGUACUGGAUGGAUCUCAACAAACAAAUAUAUAAACAAGUACGAGGUCCUAAUGUAUCUUUGCGAUUUCGCGUGAGAUUCUAUCCAUCUGAUGUGAGUGUGUUAAAGGAAGAGAUAACUCGAUAUAUGUUGUUUGUGCAAUUGCAAAGAGACCUUCUCCAUGGACGUUUGUAUUGUCCUCAGAAUGAAGCAGCUAUACUGGGUGCGCUGAUUCUGCAAUCCCUAAUCGGUGAUUACGAUGCAGAAGAGAGACCAAAAAACUACGUUGCUGAAUACAAGUUACUUUUAAAACAAACCGAAAAACUUGAAGAAAAGAUCGCUGAUUCUCAUAAAUUGUUCAAAGGAUUCACUCCAGCAGAAGCGGAAAUGGAAUUUUUGAAACGAGCAUCAAAACUAGACACUUAUGGAUUUGAUCCAUACACUGUUAUGAAUAGGCAAAAACAGACAAUGUACAUUGGAGUUACAUAUCGCGGUAUCUAUAUUUACCACAUCAGUCGAAUGACCCAUCACAUUACAUGGAAUGAACUAGAUAAAGUAGAUUAUGUUGGGAAAGAAAUCAUGAUAACACCAAUGUCAUCUUACAUAUCGCCUUAUUCAUCGUCUUAUGAAGAUAUUGAACAAACAACAAACGCGUUCAAAUCCACUUCUAGUAUAAGAAAUGGAUUUAUCAAACCCCACAAAACGACAAGUGUAUUGAAAUUCCAUUGUCCGUCAGCAGUCUUUGCGAAACAUCUUUGGCGUCAUAUUUUGUCACAGCAAGCUUUUUUUACUGAAAAUGACGCCAAGCAUAUUAAACCAAAGUUUUCAAAACCGCGUAUACCCUUGUUAACCCGUGGUUCAACGUUUCGUUUUCCAACGUCAAGAGUCCUUCACGAAAUUGAAGUAGAAGGGCCUGGCAAACGCAAUGGACCUCAACCAAGGUUUACCAGAUAUCCGCUGCCUCGCCAAUCAUCGCGACAACAUGUUUGCAAUACUGAUAAUAAGUAUAACUCAUUUCCAGUUGUUCGCCGUGGUGGGAAAGUCUCUGAAGUGAUACCGGAAAAUGUGGAGGAAGAAAAGGCAAUAAGAUUGCUGUCAAACAGCGCUGUGAUAAGUGAAGUGGAUUUAUUACCAGCAACGGAAACAUCAGCCGCUGUCGCUUCAUCUGGUUCCGAAAACACGACAGUAUUUACUAUACAUCUUGUGCGGAAAGAACCAUUAUCUACACAUACGUUUGAAACCUCUGGUUUUGGAGUGCAGUCGCCAGAUGAAAACUCUUUUGAACAAAUGUUGGAUGCUAUGAAGCCAUUAUACACCAACACGAUUACUGGUAAUCGUAGUCCAGAUCCCUGUACUACCUUCACAACGAAAACGACUACGAAAAUAGAUGAUGUUGGGUGUGGCAUUAAUAAAUGUAAAAGUCCCGAAAAACUAGCACGUGAUCAUAAUGUUCUUGCCAUCAGCUCUCAAGUUUUAACAAAUAAGGAGAAACUGAGAGCUGUCUCAAGGCGUCCUACCACUUCUAUUACUUCAUCUGCUGCCAAAAUAUUCUUUUCAUUACUGUUGUUUUGGCUUCUAAUAACUGCCGUGGCUAUUUCUCUGUUUGAGCACGAUUCACCAUGGUUAGACUCUAUACCGGCCUUGGAUUCAGUGAGGCACAUGUUAUAUGAGCCGCUGCGGCAUUACAUUUUGGCGCUAUAUGUUCGCCUAGCACACCACUGA